CGCCAUCGACCCAGCUACAUGAUGGUCUUCCUGCCCAUCCACCUGAUGGUGCAGCUGGCCAAGUCCAUCUGGCAGCACGCCGCACCCGAGCUCUCGGACGUCACCAUCAGCUCGGCAACCAAGGAGGAGCGGCCCUUUUGGCAGCACGUCCGUCUCGCCUUCGUCGCCCAGCUGGCGGCCCGACUCACCCACCUCACAGCCAUCACCCUCCGCUACCCCACCGGCUUUACCGGUGUCUUCUGCUGGUGUUUCGACGUGUUUGUGGCCAUCAUCGAGGGCCACAUUGCCGGCCGACGGGCAGCCAACAUGCAAGGAGGGACCCUGCAGACCAUCACCUUCAAAGAGGGGGUUCGGCUGACCGGUACGGCGAGCCAGAGCGUCUCGAGGACUCGUCCGCCCCUCCCCGCUCUGAUCGACCCGCCCCCGACUCUCCACGCACUCACGACUAUUGGCGGCCUGACCUACCACCAUGACGCGUUGGCCUACCGACGCUGGCUGGUGCCCUCACUCGCCACUGUGCGGCAGGAGGGUUGGCACGCCGGCAGAUUGGGCCAGCUCAUCAGCUCGUCCCGCUCCCUGCGGCGUGUGGACGGCAGCUCUGGGGGUGAGGAGUGGGCGGGGGUGUUUGAGGGGAUCCUUGCGGCACCUGCUGGGCAGCAGGGGGGGCCACUUAGCAACUUGGGGAGCAUCGGCACCAUCGAGAUCGACUGGACGACCAUCGGGCGGCGCGGGAGGGCAUAG